GGGAGAGAGAGGGACGGAGAGAGAGGGAGGCAGAAGACGAACUGCUGGCAUGUUGACAGUCUCAGCUUUGCUUCGCGCAACCAGCUGCACCCACAGGGGACAGGGAACAUGAGAGAGAGAAAGAGCGACUGAGAGUGGGAGUCAGAGCAAUGGAGAGAGAGAGAGAAAGACAGAGACAGAGAAAAAGAGACUGAGAGAGAGACAGAGAAAGACAGAGAGAAAGAGAGACAGAGUGAGAGUGACUGGGUGAGAAAGAGAGUGAGAGAGAGAGACAGAGAGAGAGAGAGAGAGAUGGAGGGACACUCAAACUGAUGCCACAGUCUGUGUCCAUCUGAGGAGAGAGUGCGCCCGCCUCUCCUCCGGCUGCCCCUUGGAGUGCGGUGCUGCCGCCUGUCUCCGGCCGCAGGAACAUGGGGUGAAGCGGACCUGCGGACAUUUUCACGCGUCUUUCCGUGGAUCGCUUCCCUUUCAAAAAACGCGGGCGCCGGCUGUCUGGGUGUCCACCCCCUCUUCUGGCUGAGGAGCUCUCUCUCUUUCCUCUGAUGGAUCCUGCAGUCCUUUCAAAGUCAUUUUCUCUCACGGAUUUCUUACUCAGGUUGUUGUAUUAGUGAUUUUUUGUUUGUUUUUGUUUUGCCUCGUUGAGUCAUGGCCAAAGCUGUCCUAUGGAGAAACAAAGCUACCGUUGGCAUCCAAAGUAAAAUGGCGGUGCAUCACAGCAAUGUUGAGCUGAGACCAGCGGUGCUGACUGACUGCUGAAGGGGGAGUCUGGGGAGGGGCAGGGUUUGGGAUACGGACAGUCUGCCCGCAAAGGAUGUUCUCCAGGAACCGUGUCAACGGGCAAGAUGGGACCGGCAUCCUUCAGCACAAGAAGUCCAAGAAGAAAGACCUGGCUAAGAAGAAGACCCAGAGUUCCAAGGUGGCUCAGGGUCUCCGGAGCAAGAUCCAGAAGUUCCUUCAGGGAUCCGGCGAGCACUCGGCCCGCCGCUCCCCCGUGGAGAUCGAGAGGGACAUGUUUGUAUGCGGCAUCAAGAGGGACCCUUCCAGCGGUGAGUUCUCCGGCCUGCGGGUCCCUAAUGGGAGGAGCCACUCUGUGCCCCCUACCACUAUGUCCUGUGUUGGAGAGGUGGAGCUGAACCGGGAGGGCUAUGUCAAGAUACCGUGCACUGUUAAAAACAAUGGCCUCACACUGGACUGCCCGGCUUCUCGUGGGAACGGUUCUGCCGUCCCUGAAGGCUUGGAUGAAGGAGAGGCUUGUUGUGCCGCCAGCGGGGGGGAGGAGACUGUGGCUUCUACCUCAAACAGUGCCGUAGGGGGGGAGGAGGUAGAGGAGGAUGAGGAUGAGGAGGAGACUAGUGAUAUUGUCGAACACAUUCUGAAGGAGUUGCGGGGGAUCAACAAGAUCCAGGAGGAGAUCUCGGACCUGCGGCAGUACCUGACCUCCGUCCGGGGGUCUGUGGAUGAGGUGUCCAGCUGCGUGGAUGCGGUCCUGUCUGAGAUUGAGGAGCUCCGCUCGGGAGCGUGUGCCGGGCCUUGCCUCCCGCGGAGGCCCAGCAGCCACUGUGGCAGUCUCCGCCGGGAGGACGUCCCAACGGCAUCCCUGGGGACAAAGAGCAGUUCACUGUCCCAGUACUAUGACUGGGGUGAGGACAGCAAGUUGAUGCCAUCCCAGCGUGGCCCACUGAGAAGGCCUAUGUCAGCCCGCCAAGCAGCCUCAGCAACCCCCUGCAUGGACAAGCCUUCGGGUUCUGCUAUCUACAAGCUGGUGAAAAAGGACAUCUCGGACCAGAGCUCAGGUCCAGCCUGCCUUGGUGCAAGGAAGGCCAGCUUUGGCUAUUUGGAACGGCAGGGUGGCCAGGACUUCCCCAGCACCAGCUCACUGUCCUCAGGCCACAGCUCCAAGAGCGAAGAAUCAGAACCUGGGAAACCAGGUGGGUUUUGUCCUGGCAACCAGGACCACCCAGGGAACAAUGACUGGAAGGCAGCGGGAAUUCAAUGCAGUGAAAGUGGGGAUGACAUUGUGGGCUGGAGCGAGGAAGAAGGCUUUUCCCGACAGGACAGCAUAGAGGAGGGUGACAACUUUGGGGAACCUGACAACUGGGACCGGUAUGGAGGCGGUGAGACCAGCAGCACCCCUGGACAGUCCUCUCUGAGCAGCUCGGAGCACCUCUCCCUUCUUUUCGGCCGCCAUUACAAUUCUCCCUCCAGCUCGUGCAGCCUAGCGGACUGGAGAUCUGGCAGGCCCCGAUCGCAUGAAAAAGAGAUGGCCCCGAAUGGCCAGGGCCAGACACCUAACCAGGAGUGUGAGUGCAUGGCUAGCUGCCCCUACUCCCGCAGCUCCGGCUACCACACCGCCGAGGUGUACGCGGAUGAGCUCGGCAGCGCCCCCUCUGGCAGCCUCAGCCACAACUCCACCGUUGUGUUCACGGACUGCGACGACUGCUGUCAGGACGAGGUGUACUCCUCCUGCGAGCUCUGCCCUGCUGCCACAGAUUUGGGGGAGUGUGAGGAGAGGGAAUGGGCGGGGCACGGGGAAGAUUAUCACUCCAGUUUGUAUCCGGGCCCUUACAGUAACCUUGACCCCAGAGAUGUUGAACUGGAUGGCAGCUUCAACGUAAAACAAAUUGGUAAAGCUGUCCUGACCUUCAAAUCGGCUCUUAAGGGGGCUCUCAGAAAGCUGGAGGGGCCUGGGACGCAGGACCUCGGGGAUUUGGACGGGGCUGAAUUCACUGACAGUCCCAGCAACCCACCCAGCGAAUUGCCCUGGGGGGAGACCAGCCACAGGGACACGGAGGGCGAGACCAGCUUAGCCUCAGAUUGCUGCCCCUCGGAUCCCCACCAGGAGGCGCGCAGUGACGCAUCUCUCAGUCUGGACGGUGGCGCAGAGGCACCCCGCUUCAGCCCCACGCCACCCGAGAACCAGGGCUCAACCGACGCCAGCGCCUCUCUCCACAGCGCUGCAGCAUUCCCUCUGGAAGGGGGCCAGUCUUUCGAUGAGGCACCCCAGCUGGACGAGGAGCGCCCCGAUGCGGAACGUGCCCCCGAGAGCAGCGCCGCGCCGUCCGAGCUCAGCCAGCAGGAGGCGCGCCGGCUCAAGUGUAUCAACAACUUCCAGCGAGUCCUGAGGGAGAAGAGACUGGUCCGCCACAAACUCUCCCAAAUCGUCGAAGCGUCCAAGUCCAUUUACUCUGAGGAAGAGUGUAACCCAGAAAGCACAAGAGAAGAUGAGCAGGGCCGAGAGGAUGGCGACAGUGGCAGACAGGCUUGGGUCAAACCUGGAGGGGGUGGCGGCCUCUUUGGGAUUGACAGCAUGCCCGACCUUCGCAAGAAGAAGCCCAUCCCCUUGGUCAGUGACUUGGCUAUGUCCCUGGUCCAGUCCAGGAAAGCCGGUAUUACCUCCGCCAUGGCCACCCGCUCGUCCAUCAAGGACGAGGAGCUGAAAAACCAUGUCUACAAGAAGACCCUGCAGGCGCUGAUCUACCCCAUCUCCUGCACCACGCCCCACAACUUCGAGGUGUGGACGGCGACCACGCCCACCUACUGCUACGAGUGCGAGGGGCUGCUGUGGGGCAUCGCCCGGCAGGGCAUGAGGUGCUCCGAGUGCGGGGUCAAGUGCCACGAGAAGUGCCAGGACCUGCUGAACGCCGACUGCCUGCAGCGUGCGGCAGAGAAGAGCUCCAAGCACGGGGCGGAAGACCGCACCCAGAACAUCAUCAUGGCCAUGAAGGACCGCAUGAAGAUCCGUGAGCGGAACAAGCCCGAGAUCUUUGACAUGAUCCGCGACGUCUUCGUCGUGAGCAAGGUCAUCCACGCCCAGCAGAUGAAGACCAUCAAACAGAGUGUCCUGGACGGCACCUCCAAGUGGUCGGCCAAGAUCACCAUCACAGUGCUUUGUGCCCAGGGGCUUCAGGCCAAAGACAAGACGGGCUCCAGCGAUCCCUAUGUGACAGUCCAGGUGGGCAAGACCAAGAAGAGGACCAAGACCAUCUAUGGCAACCUCAACCCGGUCUGGGAGGAGAAGUUCCACUUCGAGUGCCACAACUCCUCGGACCGCAUAAAGGUGCGCGUGUGGGACGAGGACGAUGACAUCAAGUCGCGGGUGAAGCAGCGGCUGAAGAGGGAGUCGGACGACUUCCUGGGUCAGAGCAUCAUCGAGGUCCGCACGCUGAGCGGGGAGAUGGACGUCUGGUACAACCUGGAGAAGAGGACGGACAAGUCGGCGGUGUCCGGGGCCAUCCGUCUCCAGAUCAGCGUGGAGAUCAAGGGGGAGGAGAAGGUGGCCCCAUACCACGUCCAGUACACCUGCCUGCAUGAGAACCUGUUCCACCACACCACGGACAUCAUGGCGCAGGGCGUGGUCAAGAUCCCCGACGCCCGGGGCGACGACGCGUGGAAGGUCUACUUCGACGAGGUGGCGCAGGAAGUAGUGGAUGAGUUCGCCAUGCGCUACGGCAUCGAGUCCAUCUACCAGGCCAUGACACACUUUGCCUGCCUCUCCUCCAAGUACAUGUGUCCAGGAAUUCCUGCAGUGAUGAGCACCCUGCUGGCCAACAUAAACGCCUUCUACGCCCACACCACCGCCUCCACCAACGUGUCGGCCAGUGAUCGCUUCUCCGCCUCCAACUUUGGGAAAGACCGGUUCGUUAAGCUCCUGGAUCAGCUGCACAAUUCUCUCCGCAUCGACCUCUCCACGUACCGGAACAACUUCCCCGCCAGCAGCAAGGACCGCCUGCAGGACCUGAAGUCCACCGUGGACCUGCUGACCAGCAUCACCUUCUUCAGGAUGAAAGUCCAGGAACUGCAGAGCCCCCCCAGGGCCAGCCAGGUGGUGCGUGACUGUGUGAAGGCCUGUCUCAACUCCACCUACGAGUACAUCUUCAACAACUGCCAGGAACUGUACAGCCGCCAGUACCAGGCAGCAGACCCUAACAAAGAGGAGCUGCCAUUGGAGGAACAGGGCCCCACCCACAAGAACCUGGAUUUCUGGCCCAAGCUAAUCACUCUCAUUGUGUCCAUCAUUGAGGAAGACAGGAACUCCUACACCCCGGUCCUCAACCAGUUCCCCCAGGAGCUGAACGUAGGAAAGGUCUCUGCGGAGGUCAUGUGGACGCUGUUCGCCCAGGACAUGAAGUACGCCAUGGAAGAGCACGAGAAGCACAAGCUGUGCAAGAGCGCCGACUACAUGAACCUGCACUUCAAGGUCAAGUGGCUGUACAACGAGUAUGUGAAGGACCUGCCCGCCUUCAAAGGGAUCAUUCCGGACUACCCUGCCUGGUUCCUGCAGUUUGUUCUGCAGUGGCUGGAUGAGAAUGAGGAGGUCUCCAUGGAGUUCAUGCACGGGGCCCUGGAGCGGGACCGAAAGGACGGAUUCCAGCAGACCUCAGAGCACGCCCUGUUCUCCUGCUCGGUGGUGGACGUCUUCACCCAGCUCAAUCAGAGCUUCGAGAUCAUUAAGAAGCUGGAAUGUCCCGACCCCAAGGUCAUGGCCCAUUACAGCCGCCGAUUCGCCAAGACCAUUGCCAAAGUGCUCCAGAAGUACUGUGCCAUUCUUACCAAGAGCUUCCCGACCUACUGUGACAAAGAAAAGAUCCCCUGCGUGCUCAUGAACAAUGUGCAGCAGCUACGUGUUCAGCUGGAGAAGAUGUUUGAGUCAAUGGGAGCCAAGCAGCUGGACCCGGAGGCCAGCGACCUGCUGAACGAGCUGCAGGUGAAACUCAACAACGUGCUGGACGAGCUGAGCGCCACCUUCGGGAACAGUUUCCAGAGCCGAAUUGAUGACUGCAUGAGGCAGAUGGCCGACCUCCUGUACCAGGUGAAGGGCCCGGUCAAUGCCAACAGCCGCAACACGGUGGAGGCCGACUCCGACAACGUCCUCCGGCCCCUCAUGGACUUCCUGGAUGGAAACCUGAUGCUGUUUGCCACGGUGUGCGAGAAGACCGUGCUGAAGCGCGUGCUGAAGGAGCUGUGGAGGAUCGUCAUGAACAGCCUGGAGAAGACCAUCGUCCUACCGCAGAGCAGCGACACCUCCGGGGCCCAGAUGAUUCUCACUGCUGCCAAAGAUCUGGGACAGCUGUCCAAACUCAAGGAUCACAUGGUCUCAGGUGAGGCGAAAAGCCUGACGCCCAAGCAGUGCGCAGUUAUGGACGUGGCGCUGGACACGAUAAAGCAAUACUUCCACGCGGGAGGAAACGGACUGAAGAAGGCCUUCCUGGAGAAGAGCCCGGAACUCUCCUCUCUGCGCUACGCCCUGUCCCUGUACACCCAGACCACCGACACGCUCAUCCGCACCUUCGUCACCACCCAGCACGCUCAGGUGCACAAUGGACGAGGUAUAAGGUUUACAGCUAGCGAGAAAAUUCAGCCAACCAGGGGGUCGGGAGUGGACAAGUCCGUGGGGGAGGUGUCCAUACAGGUUGACCUCUUCACUCACCCUGGAACAGGGGAACACAAAGUCACUGUGAAAGUUGUGGCAGCGAACGACCUGAAGUGGCAGACCUCCGGAAUGUUCCGUCCCUUCGUGGAGAUCACCAUGAUCGGGCCCCACCUCAGCGACAAGAAGCGCAGGUUCACCACCAAGUCCAAGAACAACAGCUGGGCGCCCAAGUUCAACGAGACGUUCCACUUUAUCCUCAGUAACGAGGACGGGCCGGACUGCUACGAGCUGCAGGUGUGCGUGAAGGACUACUGCUUUGGGCGGGCGGACCGGGUGGUGGGCGUGGCCGUGCUGCAGCUGCGGGACGUGGCGGAGAGGGGCAGCUGCGCCUGCUGGUGCCCCCUGGGCCGGCGGGUCCACAUGGACGAGACGGGACAGACCGUCCUGAGGAUCCUGUCCCAGCGCAACAACGACGAGGUCGCCAAGGAGUUCGUCAAGCUCAAGUCCGAGACCCGCUCGGCCGAGGAGGGCAGAUGAGGAGGGCGGGGUCGGAGGUGGGGGGAGGAGCGGUGGAGGAGGUGGAACUACCCUGCCAUUAUCGACCAAUGGUGAGAGGGUGGGCGUGGUGGCUGGGGCUAGUGGUGUACAAGGGUGGUAGCUGCUGUGCUGUA